CGUGAUGACGCUAAGCGAUCAUGUGACCGCAGAAGAGCGCUUCCUGGUUGGAUGCGGGCGGGGGGAAUGGCUGCCAUCCCUGUGAGUCCUGGGAUUACUCCCGCCGGGCCAGGAAUGCGACCCGGUCCGGCUGAGGGCGCGGACGCUCUUUUCGUGACAUUGAGCGCUGGCUUCACGGUCCUCAGCCACCCGCUGCUCUACGUGAAGCUUCUGGUGCAGGUUGGGCAUGAGCCUCUAUCUCCAACUGUUGGGAGAAAUUUACUGGGGAGAAAAGUAUUCUACCUUCCUGGAUUCUUUACAUAUGCCAGGCACAUUGUAGAAGUGGAUGGGAAAAUGGGCCUUUUCCGUGGUCUUUCUCCUCGCAUCAUCUCCAGCAUUUUAACUACCAUAAACCGAGAACAAGUGAAGAAGGCCUUCCCUCUAGAAGAUAUGGAGCAUGUUUCCAAUAAGGAUGAUGUGAGGACAUCUCUCAGGAAAGUGGCAAAAGAGACUUGCCAUGAGAUGGUGAUGCAGUGUGUAUCCCGAAUUAUUUCUCAUCCACUUCAUGUUAUAUCUAUGCGCUGCAUGGUCCAGUUCGUAGGACGAGAAGUUAAGUACAGCAAUAUGUUUAGCUCAGUCAGGACAAUUUGGAAAGAAGAAGGACUCUUGGGAUUCUUCGUAGGUUUAAUUCCUCAUGUCCUAGGUGAUCUUAUUUUUCUGUGGUGUUGCAACCUUCUGGCUCAUAUGAUCAAUACUUAUGCCGUGGAUGACAAUUUCAACCAAGCUUCUGUCAUCCGGAGCUACACUAAGUUUGUGAUGGGGAUUGCUGUGAGCAUGUUGACAUACCCUUUUCUUCUCGUGGGUGAUCUCAUGGCAGUGAACAACUGUGGGUUACUUGCUGGCCUCCCUCCAUAUGCCCCUGUGUUUUCCUCUUGGAUUCAUUGUUGGAGACACCUGAGUGCUCAGGGGCAGCUCUUCAGAGGUUCCAGCCUACUUUUUCGUAGAGCAUCCACACCAACUUUUCUCACUGACUAAUUUCAUUUGGGAGAAAGAAGCAAACCUAGAUCCUUGUAGAAGAUACCCUAAAAUAGCUUGUUUUUACCAUUAUUUUUCAUUUUUAAAUGAAAGGUUUUCAGCAGUAAGAAUAGUUCAUCUCAGCAAACUUGACAACAAAA